GUUCUCUCAAGAGACGCGGUUCUAUACACACGGUUCAGUUCAGCAGCGGAAGAAUAUAAUCUUAGCAAGAUGAAAGUGCUCGCGUUUUGCGCCUGUAGUUUAGCACUUGCUUCUUUCAGUUCAGCUGGAACUACAGGUGAAAGAUUGAAACAGGCGCUUUCUAAUGAGGAUAGUUUCGACACUUGUAUGAGCGAAAAUAAUAUGACUACACUGGACUUUUACACCAAGUCCGAGAUAAUAGAUAACGAGUAUGCAAAGCCCGGAAACGAAGAAAAGAGAAGACAAAAUGGUUGCACUUUGGAGUGCCUAUUGAGAGAGGAGGGUUUAAUGGUAGGAUCGGAAAUUAAGGAGCAUAAAGUUCACGCUGAAAUAAGUAGAAAGAUGGAUGGCAAUCCUAAAGAAGCAAAAGCACACAAGAUCGCACGUGAUUGCAUAAGAGAAGUAAGCGGUAUUACGCAGGAAUGCGAAAAAGGCUUUUCUCUAUUUGUCUGUAUCGUAAAAGCGACACAUAAAGCAACGAAGCAUGAUGAACAUGAAUAAAUUGAACCUUUAUAUAUAUAUAUAUAUAUA